CGGCUCUACUAGCGUAUGUGUUUUUCGACAACGGGCCAAUCAGAGGACGACAUUCAAAGAUGAGCCACGCCCCGAACAACGGUCAUUGGCCCGAUAGAUUUGAAUAGAAAAGAGAUGACGUCUUGUGUUAAUGUAGCUGUCAGUACUUGAAGGACACUCCUCAACAAGCUCUAACUUUAUCCUAUAACCACGUUUACCAUGAUGCAACAUCUACAAUAUCUAAUCUGUGUAUUGAAGAACUCAAAUUUAAUGAUAAAUUAAUGUAACUGCCUUCAGGCAGAACAAUGGCCUACAUCCAAACCAGUUCAACAUAGUCAUCGAGUUUAAAGACCUGGAUCCUGCUGAAGUACAAAGGGAGCCACAGGCAGGGGGCAAGGAAGGAAAGUUACCCCUAAGCAGCCCGCCUCAGAGAUACAAACCUUUAUAUCUCCAUAAAAACACAAAGCGGUGUGUUUUAUCCAAAACUCUAUUUCGCCGCCGGGAGUUUCGCCACCGUUACCUAGCAACCAGCCUCCGCCUGCACGCUGCCCGUCCGGCUGCAGACGCACAGCUACUGUACAUUAUUAAUGACGUCACGCAGACACCGAACCUGUCCGAGGAAGCACAUGUCGAGCAGGAGGGAGGGAGGCAGACGACACUGAGCCCGGUGUCAAGAUGUCGUGUCUGACAACAGGAGCACGCCUGCGGAGCGGCUAGCCUCGGACUGCAGUCGCUGCAUGCGGAGGGAGAAAGAACCGGUGAAGAGAGGCGGAACAGAGCGUCCGCUUGCAUUUUUUAUGGAGGGAGAUCCAGAGGAGUCCGAUGAGGAUCUUCAGGGAUCCACUUUGCUUUGGGAGAAAUGCAUCCAGCAGAGCAUCUUCGUGGACCUAAGCGAGGAUGAGAGUCUCCACUUCAGCGAUUUGGAGGCUUCUUUAGCGCUACAUCUGUCCCAGGCAGAGUCUGCUGCCUCAGAGGCGAGCGUCCAUCUCAGCGGGAGCGCUGAGCUGUCAGGUUUGGACGACACCUCCUCAGAGUCCAGUAAUGUGUGCAGUCAAAGUGAAAAGGUGGUAGAGAACAAGACCAAGAGCAGCAUACUGCAUGUGUCUGUCCUAAGACCAAACGCCAUGCAAGAUGAGCCUCCUUAUAAGCGGGGAUUUGAGGACUCAGGGCAAAAUACCAGCGAUGAGGACCAGGACGACCUACCUUAUGAUCAUGACCUUGGCAGCCCGUAUUUCAACCAGACAGCAAGCAGUGAGGGCAACACAAGCUCCGAUGGAAGAGAAACUGUUCAUGCAAGCCCUGACGGCCCCGGUCUGCUUGAGUUCACCACAACAGAUAGAGAUGAUAUCGGUGGACGUUUGGUUUCCACUGAGCGUAAUGCUGCGAAACCAGCAACUUCGCCACACAAGGAUACCAGUAAACAGGACAAGCCUUUUGAUGCGUACAAGCCAAGUGAUGUUGCCCCAUCAUGCCCCAGUCCUGCAGACAUUAACCAGUUGUUGCUGCGACACUUCUCCCGGGAAGAGUUGCUGCGGCCAGGCAGGCUGAUCGAGGCAGAGACGCUGCCGGAGGUUUCCCUACUGGAGAGCAUGGACGACACCGUUUUGAGCCGGGCUCCAACACACAAAAGCACAACAACAGAUAACCACUCAGAGAUCCCUGCUUGUGAUUCUGAGAUCUGCAAAUCAACAAAUUCAAGUUUAGAGAAUGAGGCUGAAAGGAAAAUUGAUAAUGUCACCUCAGCGGCUGACAGCAUUGCAUCCAGCAGAGACUCAACCUGGAGCAGUAGAGACAACAGUGAUGUGGUGAAACGGGAAAGGUCUGAAGAGGAUGAUGAGGUUCAGAGAGUCCCACUUGUGUACACCAGGUCCUUUGGCGAUUUGAAGUAUGGCCAAGGCCAAGUCCAUUACCCCCUCCCUGACUUCUCCAAGGUUGCGCCCAAGGUAAAGAUCCCCAAAGCUCAGAGUGGAUCUCCCAGACCUGUUCCUCGCAGCCCUAGCACCAUGCACAGAGCCCAGUCCUCUCCAGGUAUGUUGGAGCUGAUCAGCAGAGUCCUGGAGGAUUCAGUGCAGCAACCAGAGAAGCCAUAUGUCUUCAAGGAUGAAGACAAACAGACUCCUCCAGCACUGGUGCAUCACCUGCAGGCUGAAUAUGAUAAGUUACUUACCAAAUAUGCAGAGGCAGAGAACCUAAUUGAUCAAAUGCGACUAGGAACCAACACUCAGCCCUCCGCAGAGCUGAUGCUUUAUUCAGAGUGUGAAGAUGAUCAUCUGAGAAACUUAGCCGAGGGAAACCAUCACAGGUCCUCGGCUCCUCAGCGUCCCUCAACAGAAGAUUUCGGUCAAAAGCGAAGAACAGCCCCUGAGAGCAACGUGAGAGAGGUGAACACGGCUUCCUCUGGCCGGCCGGCGGAGGCUCCCAGUGACGGGGAACGGAUGACAGCUGAGCUAAGAGACAUCAUCUGCCCAUUCAUGCAGAAGGUGGAAGAAUUCAGAGUGAGUGUAGGCAACAUGUCAAUAGGCACAGAUGAACAGCAAAUGAUGUUGAGGAGCAUGAUGGAGGCUCAGGACCAGCUGGAGAGGAAACACAUGAGUAAGAAGGAUGAGCACAGAGCUCUGGAGAUGCAGAACUACAUGGGUCUGUCCAGGAACACCGGCACCUUUGACCCGAACAGGCUGGUGGAGGGAGACAUAUUCAGGAUAGGGAUGCACCUUGACACCAUAAAGGAGAUGAUAGACAAAAACGUGCGUGAGCAGAUUUCUCCACCCCACUCCUCCUCCUCUCCUACACCCGUGACAGAGAAACUGCAUGUGAAGCCUCGUCCUCCCUCACCUCCACCAUCCCUGCACGAGGGGCCAUGUGCAGGUUUUUCCACUGUGAGUUAUAAGAUGGAGACACAGAGAGAGGAAGAAACAGCAGAGGAGGACGAGGAGGCCAGUGAGGUCCACAGAGAUGAUGGACUGGAGCGAAGCAGGGAGCUCAUAACCACUGAAUCUGUUCUGAAAUAUACUGGAUACAACAACUGUCAUUCAUGGAGCUCACAGGGCUCACUGGAGAGACAGGACAUCCAGAGAGCGGAGGACGAGGAGGGCGCCGGAGUCGAGAGGAGCUCUGUGUUGUCAGAGGGGAUAGUUCAUGGUAACAUCUUGGCAUACCUGAGCGGGACCAGGUCAACACCGAGACAGGAGGAGUGGACGCCUGAAAGUCAUAGCACCCCGAAUAGUGUCCGUGUCCCAGAGGGUAAAUGUGAUCUGGCCGAUUGCGUGAGUCUGUCGGUGGAGGUCUCCUCUUCCUCUGAUGCACACAAAGACCCAGACACCAGCAGCCUCUCAGAGCCGCCUGUCGACACCACGUGCGCAUCACAGAGGAUUGUGAGCCUAGAGACAGACAGUGGAUUUGGGAGCUCUUACCUGAAUCGGUCAGCCACUGGAUCAUUUCAACCCACCCUGCUCAUCGAAAGUUCCAGCGUGCCAUCCCACAAUAAUGGUUUGAGUAGCUCAGACAGUGAGGGCUCUUGCGCCAACCUGCGGACGACCGUCCAUCCUGCCUCUCUGGACGUCCAGCGGUGGGCCACCUCCCACCCGUCUGUCCAAACACAGUUCUGUGGUGCGACAGCUGCAGUGGAGCGGUGGGUGGAGAGCACCACCAAGGAGUCUUCAGUCAGGCUGCAGGGAUGUGACGCCAGCCUGCCUGCACAGCUCCAUCACUGCGUUUCUCAACCUGAACUCAGCACUGCCAUGGAGUCAGAAGACAGAGGCAGCCAAGUGUAUUCCUGCACUUGUAACAGUGAGGCCAUCCUUGCCCUGCAGUCCGAGGUGUCCCGGCUGAAGGAGGACCUGGAGGAGGGCUUGGUCCAGCUGCCUCACCUGGCACAGAAGAUGGACUAUCUCACCUCAAAGUACAGGCAGGGUGGUCUGGAGCGCAGGUCUAAAACGAGACCUAGGACUCAGCUGAGACCAGCUGGUAACAGUCCAGCAAGAAAAGAAGACUGGAUUUAUUCAGACAUGGACCCCAGCAAGAGCAAAGGCACAGACAGUGGUACAGCACUGUCAGAGGUCAUGUCGCAGUCCCACAGUUCACCUGUAGGGAGCAGAAGAGGCAGCAUUGUGCGCUCUGAGCCUGAGUUUCAGUACAAACCUCAGGGGACACUGCAGUCCACCAGAGGAACAGAAAGAAACUGCUCAGUGAAAACUUCUGGUUUGACCAGCUCCACUUCAAAAGGAGGGAGAGGAGGAGCUUCUUACAGCCCUGCUGAGCAACGACCACGGAUGGCCAUCAUGGAGCGUUUUUACUCCAAGGAGCGGUGGUCUGCCCUCUCCUCUCCAUCCCCCCAGAAGCCGCUCCUCCAGGUCAGCUACGGCUCUUCCAGCAGCCUACCUGCCAGCUACAAAGUGAGGGAGCUGCAGCCGCCGCCGCCCGAGACCCCUCACAGGAAACGAUCCACCCAGUCAGACUCCGCUCUCCUGCCCAGCAACGUUUACUUCCAGCGGACACUGUCCCCAGUCUCUGUGCCCUCAAAGGCUGUCAGCAGGAGAGGCAGACGCAGAGGGACCAAGGAGGAGGAAAUGAGCAAGACCCUGGACCAGGCCAUUGAAGUGGCCCGCAGCAUGAAAAGGACCACGGACCGGAUGGCCAAGAGACUGUCAGCUGACCUGGCCAAAUCUCAACUGGACAGAAGACUGCACAGCACGCAGCCACUAGGGGGCAGGAAACACCACGUGUUAUAGCACCCAUCAGCAAUCUGCCAACAUCGCUGAUGAAUGAUGCUCAUGAGUUAUUCAAGGACCCGUUUGUGUUAUUUCUUUUGUACAUGAUUGUAUUUUUAUGACAGGCAGAACUUAAAAUCGCCUGAAUAACACUGUAAAAAAAUAAAAUGUUGA